GACAGUAAAUAAACGGAACAUGAUGAUAGUGGUGUUAAGUUCAUAUAUUUUGAAGUUAAUAUUUCCUCUUGACAAGUUUCAGAAAAUAAUGAACCUUUAGUUUAAGUAAAACAUAAUCGAGAACAAUAGAGUUCAGGCAGUGCUGGCGCCCCUUCUGAUUGGACUUGAGCCCCUCCAACAAAAAUAACAAGUGUAUCAGGUUACAUUUCCAGCAGUAAAUCAGUCAUUUGGAUGAAACACUCAGUGAGUCACAUGUGAGCCAACAGCAUUCAGCAACGGUCUGACAAAGCUCCGCCCUCACCUGACUCACCUGAGACAAACCAGGAAACAGUUUUUGGGUGUGUGUGUGUCUCUUUAGUACAGAACCACAGACAGACGAUCAGAUCCACCUUCAGACUGAACUAACAACGUCCUCUGAGUGAGUUCAUCUACAGGAGAGAGGAGGAGGAAACUACAACACUGCAGACGCUCCACACACUGAAGUGUCACUCAGAGACAAAAUGGCUUCCAGGUUAGAGGAGGAUCUCUGCUGUCCCAUCUGUCUUGAAAUCUUUAAAGAUCCCGUCAUCCUGUCAUGUAUCCACAGCUUCUGUAAAGACUGUCUGAAGAGCUGCUGGGCAGAGAAAGAGAUCAGAGAGUGUCCAGUCUGUAAGAGAAGAUCUUCAAAGGAAAUACCACCCCCUAACUUUGCUUUAAAGAACCUGUGUGAGAGCUUCUUACAGGACAGAGAUCAGAGAGCUUCAGAGAAUCUCUGCAGUCGGCACUCUGAGAAACUCAAACUCUUCUGUCUGGACCAUCAGCAGCCGGUGUGUCUCGUCUGCAGAGACUCGGACCAACACACCAACCACAGAUUCAGACCCAUCGAUGAAGUUGCACGACAACACAAGAAGAAACUUCAGGAAACUCUGGAGCCUUUAAAGAAGAAGUUAAAGGUUUUGGAAGAAGUUAAAGUGAAGUUUGAUCAGACAGCAGAACACAUGAAGGUCCAGGCCCGACACACAGAGAGGCAGAUUAAGGAUCAGUUUAAGAAGCUGCACCAGUUUCUAGCAGAGGAAGAGGAGGCCAGGAUGGCUGCACUGAGGGAGGAAGAGGAGCAGAAGAGUCAGAUGAUGAAGGAGAAGAUGGAGGCUCUGAGCAGAGAGAUAGCAGCUCUUUCACACACAGUCAGAGCCACAGAGGAGCAGCUGAGAGCUGAAGACGUCUCAUUCCUGCACAACUACAAGGCUGCAGUGGAAAGAGUCCAGCAGCGCCCCCUGCUGGAGGAUCCACAGCUGCCCUCAGGAGCUCUGAUAGACCAGGCCAAACACCUGGGCAACCUGAGCUUCAACAUCUGGAACAAGAUGAAGGACAUGGUCUCCUACACUCCUGUGGUUCUGGACCCAAACACUGCUAAUCCAGAACUCAUCCUGUCUGAAGAUCUGAGCAGUGUGACAGCAGGAGAGAGACAGAAGCUUCCUGAUAAUCCAGAGAGGUUUGAUGAUUUCAGGUCUGUCCUGGGAUCUGAGGGCUUUAAAUCAGGGACUCACAGCUGGGACGUCGAGGUUGGAGACAGUACAUUCUGGUCACUGGGUGUGUUAGCAGAGUCUGUCAAGAGGAAGGGAGACAAACUGUCUGGAUUAUGGAGACUAAUAUUAAACAAUGGUAAAUACUCGUUGUGGUCACCAUCAGCUCCACCCACUGAUCUCAAAGUUCAGAAGAAGCUCCAGAGGAUCAGAGUGAAUCUGGACUGGACCAGAGGAAAGCUGUCAUUCUCUGAUCCUGGUACUAACACACACCUACACACCAUCACACACACUUUCACUGAGAGGAUGUUUCCAUACAUUAACACUAGGAACAAACUGAAGAUAUUACCCCUAAAGGUGUGUGUAACAGUGGAACAAAGCAGGUAAAAAAAGUAUUUGAUCUAUGGAAAAACGGCCCUUCAACAAAAAUGUCUCUCUCUGCAGUAGAAAGACAAAUAUUUUGAUUCAACUUGAUGCUACAUGAGCAGAGAAAACAGAGUAAAAGGACUGUGGUGUUCACUUCUACUCAAAAGGUAGAAGGACUACAACACCCAGAGUGCACAGCGCUGCACCAGAUUGGAUGGGACUUGAUUUUGGCUCAGAAACAGUUCUGAAAGAGGAGACAGUGAGGCAGCUGGAUGCUGAUGAACAACAUUGUGUUGCAGCUGAAUGGUGAAAAAACUAUAAUAUCCACUAUGUUGUUUCUUUAAAGGUGUUACUGAAAAUAUUCAGACUCUUAAUGUGGCGUUCCAUCUCCUCCUUCCAUCACAUCACAACAUCGCUGUUGAUCCAAUCGUCUGCCCCCUCAGGUGGUUGCCAGUUUGUGCACUUCUGUGAUUAUUGAAUUUAAAAAUCACAGAAUUCAAGCCCUUAAGGUUCAGCUGCUCCUCCGACCAUCUCAUUAUUCAGAAAACACGUAUUUUAAUCCUUUUAUGUUUGUUUUUGAUUUGUUUGACAGUUUGCUUUGUGUUUCUAUUGUCGACCUUUUAAUGACUAAAAUGAUUCUUUAGUUUCUGGUUUCAGUGCGUCUGUGUGUGUUAUUAUCAUGUAUCAACAAAUUUGCCUAUUUCAUAAAGGUAACUUCAUUUAGCUACUGUUAUUGUUCUAGGUAACACAACUCUGUGUAUUGUAUCUGUGUGUGUGUGUUAUUAUCAUGUAUAUUAUCAUGUUUCAAUCAUAAAAACUUUC